AUGACCGCUGAACCAUCAUUCACUCUACCAUACUGUGAUGAUUUCCACGUCCACCUCAGGCAGGACGGCAUGCUCAAAGCCACAGUGCCAGCUGUGCGCCUUGGAGGUGUUGAUCGCUGUAUCGUCAUGCCCAACACCUAUCCUCCUAUCACCAACUCUGAGAUGGCCCGAAAGUAUAAGGAGGAGUUAGAAGCCAUCGAUCCCAACGUCACCUUUUUGAUGAUGCUCUACCUAUCUCCCGACAUCGACAUAGACGACCUCGAGGCCGCCAAACGCCAAGGAGUCAUUGGCAUCAAGAGCUAUCCUAGAGGGGUCACGACUGGUUCAGAGUCGGGCGUGGAGUCUUACGACGUGUACGCCUCCGUGUUCGAGAAGAUGCAAGAGCUGGAUAUUUCCUUACAUCUGCAUGCCGAGGUCGAGGCUGCUUGUGUAAUGGAAGCUGAGGAGCUCUUCCUUGAGCAGCUGCAUAAAUUGCACAGAUCCUAUCCCAAGCUGAAGAUAGUGUUGGAACACUGCACGACUAAGGCCGCGGUUGAGGCUGUGAAGGCUUGUGGAAAGAACGUUGCUGCGACUAUCACUGCUCAUCAUUUGGAUUUGACGAUUUCGGAGGUUGUUGGUUGCAAUCACAACUUUUGCAAGCCCGUGCCGAAGCUUCCCUCGGAUCGAGUGGCACUCCGCGAAGUGGUGGCAUCUGGUAACCCCAAGUUCUUCCUUGGCAGCGACUCCGCCCCUCAUCCUCGAGCCAAAAAGGAGGUUGGUAUUGGUGCUGCGGCCGGAGUCUAUACUCAAGCCCACCUUAUACCAUAUCUCGCUGAAACCUUUGACAGUAUGGGUUGUAUUGAGAAGCUGAGAGACUUUACAUGCGUCUUUGGAGCCAAGUUUUUCGGAAUCGAGCUGAAAGCGGACGAUGCAAUCAGACUCGUAAAGAGACCAUCAAUGAUUCCUCAAUUUGUCGGUAGUAAGGAAUCCUUGGGCUGUGAUACUCAGCAAUGGAUAGUCCCCUAUCGUGCCGGUCAAUCCUGUGCAUGGUCUCUCGAGUUUCUAUGA